AUGAAUAGUGAAUUUUCUUCUACCAAUCCAUUUAGAACAAGCCCCGAGCAGCCAAGUGACCACCGGGCUUCACGGAGUAAUAAUGACGGGCAUCGUGCUCGAGAUAAUAAUAACAAUCCAUUCUUAGAUGAUACUGAGUUGCCUAAGUAUAAGGAAACACAAAAUACCAAGAAAUAUAGUACUUCAAAUGAAAAACAAAUGAGACCACCUUCCUACGAUGAAUCAACUUCGAAUUCUAGAAGGCAGCACCGUCACAAACAUCAUAGUCAUAAACAUCAUCAUACUAAGACGAAGAAUGGUGUUGGAGUAGAUACUAUCGAUAAGCUCGACUUGACUGGCGUAUUUGGUGGUUCUUUUCACCAUGAUGGUCCCUUCGAUGCGGUGACCCCCCGAAGAAACGCGAAGGACGACAAACGUGCUCCAGUAAAAGCCUUCCCCAUAGACAGUGCAAAUAAUACAGUAGGAGGUGUCACGAUGAAAAAAUCUGCUCUCGAUGAGGUAUUUGGAUAUGAGAAGGAAAAUGAAGACACCUAUUAUAUAAAACCUGGUAAAAAUAUUGGUUCAAGUCGAUUUGAUCCGAAAGCCAAAGUUGAAUUGGUUCAUGGCCCUACGACUGCUGGAUUAGGAUCGACUACAUUUCUAGAUGGUGCUCCUGCAAGUGAAAACGCAAUCAGAGAAGAAAACAUGAAAAAUCAACUUAAUAGAAAAAAAUCAUUCAAAUUAUCGAGAAAGUCAUUUGAUAACAAUCAAAAUUACACAUAUUUUAGUGAUCCAAAUGCAAAUAACACUGGGAAAGACGAUGAAUUUUUGGAACUAAAGAAAAAACCAAGUAGGGGUAACACUUUUAUAAGGCGUGUAAAAAGUUUAAAAGUCGGUAGAAGAAGUUAA